AUAUGUCCGAUGCUGACGACGAUCUGAAAAGAGACGAUCAGCCAAAGAAGAAUCGCUUCUUGAAGGGCGGUUCCGAUUCAGAUGCAGAUUCUGAUGACGAAGACGGUGGCCGGCGGCAAAUCAAGUCUCAAAAAGAUAAGAGAUACGAAGAGAUGGAAAGCUGCGUCAAGACCAUUGAGAACGGCGAAAAGAACAACGACUGGACCUUGAUUUCCAACGCUUAUGACUAAAGCUCAGGCUGGUAUCAACGGUAUCGUCACCCCCAAGUUCUAUAUCAAGUGCCUUGUUGAACUCGAGGACUUCCUCCAGGAAGCCGCUCAAAAGGAGAAGGCUGCUAAGAAGAAGAUGAACGCCAACAAUGCUAAGGCUAUGAACGCCAUGAAGCAAAAGUUGAAGAAGAACAACAAGUCUUUCGAAGACAAGAUCGAGAUGUACCGCAAGGACCCUGACUCUCUUGAAGAGCCCGCUAUCGUCACUGUCGCUGCUACCAAGAAGAAGAGCAAGAACGCUUUCUUGGCAGGUUCUGAUUCAGAGGACGAUGAUGCCGCUGGUCCAUCUACCCCUCAAAUCGAUGAUUCUGAGUUCACCACUGUUGGCAAGGGAGGAAAGGCUGUUGCCGAGAUUACCAGCGAAAACUUGCUCCAAAAGCUUAGAGAGAUUCUUGAAGCCAGAGGCAAGAAGAGCACUGACCGCAACGAGCAAAUCAACACCCUGCAAAGAUUGCUUAAGGAUGCCACUUCCUCCUAUCAGAAAAUCAAGGUCCUUCUUGCUCUCAUUUCUUCUAGAUUCGAUGCUAACCUCAGCAUGACUGGUUAUAUGCAAGUCGAAUUGUGGCGAUCUGUUGAGAAGGAAAUCAACCAAUUGUUGAAGAUUUUCGAAACCGACCCCUCCUUCUACGUUUUUGAGAACGCUGAUGAUAUCGAUGACGAGGAUAAGGAUAUUGUUGCCAAGCCUGGCCAACCCAUUGGUCUCCGCGGCUCAUUGAUCAGCUUUGUUGAGCGCCUCGAUGACGAGUUCACCAAGUCACUUCAAAAUAUCGACCCCCAUACAACCGAUUACAUCGACCGUAUGCGCGAUGAGGCUGGCCUUUAUGCCAUCUUGGUUCGAUCCCAGGUCUACUUUGAAAAGCAUAACUUGGCUGCCAGCAUUGGACGUGUCGUCAUGAGAAGAUUGGAACACGUCUACUUCAAGCCUGAACAGGUCAUUUCACAAAUCGAAAUCGCCACCCAAAGUGUUCUUGGUGACCAUGUCAAAUCCAGCAUUAUCACCGCCACCGACCCUGCUGAACUCGUUCACCAACUUUGCACCUACCUUUACCAACAGGAUGUUUCUGUCCUCCGUACCAGAGCCAUGUUGUGCCACAUCUAUCACCAUGCUCUCCAUCAGCGCUUCCAUGUUGCUCGCGAUAUGUUGCUCAUGUCUCACUUGCAAGAGACUAUUCACCAGGCUGAUAUCCCUACUCAAAUCUUGUACAACCGUGUUAUGGUUCAGCUCGGUUUGUGCGCUUUCCGUGAUGGUUUGAUCAAGGAGUCUCACUCUUGCUUGCAAGAGGUGCAAGGUUCUGGAAGACCCAAGGAAUUGUUGGCUCAAGGUGUUCAAAUGCAGCGAUAUGGUCAACCCGUCGCCGCCGACCAGGAACAACUUGAACGUCAACGUCAACUUCCAUUCCAUAUGCACAUUAACCUGGAACUUUUGGAAUGCGUAUAUCACACUUGCUCUAUGCUUUUGGAAAUUCCCGCACAAGCCCAAGCUGGUCCCAACAACAAGAAAGUCAUCUCUAAAACUUUCCGCAGACUUUUAGACUACAAUGAACGACAAGCCUUCCUUGGUCCUCCCGAAAACAUUCGAGACCACAUCAUGGGAGCUGCCAAGGCACUUGCUUCCGGCGAAUGGGAGAAGUCUAGAGAUUUGAUCAUGGCCAUCAAGAUUUGGGAGCUUAUGCCCAACACACAGCACAUUAAGGAUAUGUUGGCAAGAAAAAUUCAAGAGGAAGGUUUGCGCACAUAUCUCUUCACCUACGCAUCCUACUACUCCACCAUUGGACUUGCACAACUUUCACAAAUGUUUGAUUUGUCGACUGUCAAUGUUUCCUCCAUUGUUGCAAAGAUGAUUUGGCAAGAGGAGCUUUCCGCAUCCUUGGAUCAAGUCACUCAGUGUGUUGUUUUGCACCAAGUUGAGCAAUCUCGUGUGCAACAAUUGGCUCUUCAAUUCGCUGACAAGGCUGUCAACCUUGUUGAACAAAACGAACGACUUUUGGAGCAAAAGAAUGCUGAGCAGAGACCAGAGCAACAGCAACAACAGAAAGAUAGACGAGGCAACAAGGGUCAACCAGGUAGUCAACAAAACCGCAAUGCCGUUAGCGGUCAACGUCCAUUCCAGCAGCGAACAGGCAGGACGCAAAGUGCUAGACGCUAAUCCUGUACAUUUUUUGUUUUCUUCCCCCCAACUCCCAUUUCACACCUUCCCAUACACAACCGUGAUAAUAUAAAAAAAAUGCAUACGUCGAUUUUCUGCCAAUAUACUAGACUGUUUUUGAAGAAAAAAUGUUGUGUUUCUUAUAUUGAUAGGCUUCCGCAAUACAAUGAGUAAGCGAAGAGUAGGGAUAGAUAAGGCUAUAGAUAUGGGAAAUAGUCUGAUAGUAUAAAUGACAUAGGAACAAUCAAAGAUGACCAAAGGUUUCAUGAUUGAGGCUU